UAGAUUUUUCAUAUCUUCUUCUACAAAUCUUACUUUAUGACUUAGAAUAUUAAACCUUAAAAUAGUACGUACUAAGUACUUGCUUAUAAAAUACAACGUAGUGAUUAACUUCUUUAUUGAAAAGAAAAGCUGGUCUUCUUCAGCGUAGAAAUAUCAAACACACUAGUUAGCUGGACCCCAGCAUAGAGUUCCAAAAAGUCAUAUUAAUCCAUGAGUAACGUCACAAGACAGUCACACAUCAACUCCUUAAACUCAUAAACUCUGACAAACCACGUGUAAUAGAGCAAUAAGUUCACGUACCACAACGUCCUAUCAUGUUAUCAUUUUCCAACACCACCACCACCGUUUCACCCAUCAUAUAACAAAAACCAUAACAAAAAUCAUUUUAAGACAGAACACACACUUUAACUAAUAGAUGGAGAAACUCUCUUACAACUCCUAUCCCGACUCAACCGACUCAUCUCCUCGAUCUCGCGAGAUCGAUUUCGAUAACCCUCCGCCAUGGGAUGAUCACAACCACCAGAGCUACAAAGUGAGGUUCAUGUGCAGCUACGGCGGCAAGAUUCAGCCACGUCCUCACGAUAACCAGCUCACUUACGUUAACGGAGAGACCAAGAUUCUCUCCGUAGAUCGCGGGAUCAGAUUCCCCGUCUUGGCCUCCAAGCUCUCCGCCGUGUGCGGCGGCGUUGGAGAUGUUUUGUUUAAGUAUCAGCUUCCGGGAGAGGAUCUUGACGCGUUGAUCUCCGUUACUAACGAUGAUGAUCUUGAGCACAUGAUGCAUGAGUACGAUCGCUUGCUUCGUGUGUCGUCUAAACCGGCGAGGAUGCGUUUGUUCCUCUUCCCGGUUUCUUCCGGUGGGUUUGGACCGGAGGGGUCUAGUCACUCGGAUCGUGAUCGGUUCGUUGAGGCGUUGAAUACGUUUCGUAACCGGUCUGAACCGGAGAAAACCGUAACCGGUCCGGUGAAUAGUGCUGAUUUUCUGUUUGGGACGGAGAAAGUUGUAGCUCCGCCGCCGCCACCGGCGGCACCGGUGGUGCUCGAGCCUCAACCGCCGGUGAUUCAACCGGAUCACGCGGCGGAGAUGCAAAAUCAAAUGCUUGAGUUCCAGAGGAUGCAAGUUAGGGAUCAAGAACAGCAACAAGAAGCUGUUUAUAGAAGGAAGAGUGAAGACGGUUUAAUCUUCUCUCCGCCGUACGCACCUCCGCCUCCGCCGCAGACGGCGGUUCCACAAAACAGUACACAAGCGCCUCCAAUGAACUUCUGGCAAGGAAACCACUGUAAUCCAGGAGGCGUGUAUCCAACAACCGCUCCGGGAAUGGGAUUACCGGAGCAGCCGGUAUACAUGGUUCCAGCCCCGGCUCCAACUCUGACUCCACAUCCGGGAACUGUAUACCACGCGCCACAACAACCUCAAAGCGUCAUGAGACCAAUAGCUCCAGGACAAGGCAACCAAAGUGGCUACUACCCUUACAGGGAACAGCACCAACCUGCUUACAACGUGGCUCAACCACAAGUAGGAGCAAGGGCACCACCACAACAGCAACAGCAACCUCCUCCGCCUUUUACCUCAGGUCCUCCUCCUCAACCGCAGUACUCUGCGGUUCCACCGCCACGGCAAGUGGUGGGAGUACCAGAUACAACGGCGUAUACUCAGGUGAAUUACGCUGGAGGAAUGGGGAAACAAGUUUACUACACGGAGGCACCACCUCCACAGUACCAUGGAGGAGUUGGUUUACCUGUGAAUGGUAUGAGCGAAGUGAGAACCGGACCAGACGGUAAGCCUGUUGUUAUGAACAUGUCACCCAAAGUUUCAUCACAGAGUUCAGAUUCAGCAGUGUGAUGAGGUAAUCAGAUUAUUGUUAAAACCAUUUCAAAUUCCAUCAUCAUCAUCAUAUAUAGUGUAAUUGAGAUUACUUUGGUAUUUGAAUGUCUCAUAAAUAAUAUUUACCUUUUGUUUUAAUCUACUUUAUAAUGUUCUUGAUUCUGCAAUUUCUAUAACUUCUUGUCUUAUUUUCAUGAACCUUGUCUCUUGUGCAUGCACUUUUUCUUUUCUUUUUGCCUAUAUGUCAACAAGAUUAUUACGUAUUGUUCGGAUGGACUUGUAAAUUCAAUAUAAAACAUCGGCUCUACAUGAGAACUGAUACUAAAAAUGAAUCAUAUUUUGUGGAAGAUCAACAUCUAAAACUCAAUAAUUGAACUAGAGAAACAACGAUUUUUAAAAGUUAUCUCGUUUGAUUGGUUUUUUAGUAGAUAAAUGUCAUGGAUGGUACCACACGGAAAUAAAACUAUCAAACCUUACUUAGGGACAGGUGUUGUGUGAAAGGAUGUUAUAUAGGUUUGAACUUUUGAGAAUCUUUGGAGAGAAAGAGACAGCUUCACUAACUCAUCGCCAUUGUUGUCAACCCAUUAGCUCCAAAAAUUCUUUAACAAAACGACAACCAUUAUUGUAUCAUAAUCAUAUCAUUGAUGCAUAAUUUCCAAAACAUGUGUCAUACAUGUCUUUGGUUUCCUGUCAUAAUUUCCAAGACCAUCACACCAGUACACACCCAACAACUACAUUUUCCGCAUCCCAAGAUUCGUUUGCUAGUUAGGCAAAAUAUGAAAAAAAAAAGACUUCAUGAUCGAUCGCUCUUGGAGCAUGGUAUGACUGUAUGAGAAGCAACACUGCGAUCCAUAAUAUUUACUCUCUCCGUUUCAUUUUAUUUAUCGUUUUAGAGUCGGGCACACAGAUUAAAAAAAAUUAAUUUUACAUAUUUUCAAGAUAAAAACAUCAUUACCAAUACAUCUAACCACAUUUUAA